AUGAAUACGAAAGAACAGGAAGUGAUACAUCAAUCAUUGUAUCAUUCAAUAGAUGAUGAUAUAUCAACUACAACAAGCAAAGCAUUAACAAAAACCAACACUACGAUCACAAAUUUAUCGGAAUUUCGAAAUUUAAAUCUUUUUGGUUAUGCAACUAGUACUAUUAUCACGACAGUAAUAAUAUCAACAACAACAACAACAACAGAUUUACACCAAUCAAAUACAGAAAUAUCAAUUUUUAAUUCUGUUUGUUGGAUAUUUCUUGUUUAA